GCCCCGCGCCCCGCGCCCCGCUGGUGGCCAGAGAGCAGCCUCACCGCACGCCACGGACGAACCCGCCCCUGCCGCGUAGAUCGCGGGAACGCCUCCUCUCUCCUUCCGGUGGAAAGCAGCCCUUUCCGGUUUCCGGUCGUGGGGAGGAAGUCCCGCCCCGCGCAAUAGCGCAACGCAGCGGGACGCGCUGACGCGACACAGAUGCGCCCGCAGACGAGAGUCAGUGGCGGGGUAGGUGGGCCGUGGGACUCCUGGACUGAGGUCGCAGUUGCUGGGUCCCCGGUGGGGAGUGGGGAGAGGGCAGAGCAGUUCAGCGGGGGCUGGGAAAGCGGCUUGGAGACUCCCGUUUCCCCAAGAACUCGCUCCUUCCUCCCUGAGCGUCCUUCGGGGGAUCGAGGCCCUUCCCUCGCCGGCUGCCGCGUAUUUGACUCCGUUUCUGCGUUCCGAUGAUCUGCGCAGCCGCGUACCCUGCAGUCAGAAUGGUUACGCUUACUGAGCAUUAGCUGAGCGUCGUCUCGGAGCAGGAGCUCCUGAGCUUCGUUCUGGAACCAAGAAGUCCGGCAUGAAGAUGUCAGCAGGAUCAUGCUUCUGUCUGAAGCUGUGGGCCCUGACAGGGGCAGUGAGCACCAUUAAGUUCUUCCUGUCUGAGGCCUUCCUGGGGCGGCACUUCGAGGCGGUGGAGUUGGAAGGCAAGGAGCCCGAGCCGGGAGACCUCUUCCUGUUCAGGCUGUUGUCCCCCACCGGACGCUGGUGCGGGGCCCACGUGGGAGUGUACUGUGGCCGCGGGGAGAUCAUCCAUUUCGAAGGGAGGAAUGUCGCCAGCCAAGGGCCUCACGCGUUUCUGGGCUCCUGCGAAGGCAUUGUAUCCAAACAGGGGCAGCGCCCGCUGCAGCGCUCCCGCUCGCUGUGGCGUGUGCUGCGUAGACGUGGCGGCGUUGACCCGGUGGGCCUGGAGCGCCGUGUGCGCGAGGCCAUGGAUGCCGACCCGCCCCCCUACCACCCCACGCGCAGCAACUGCGUGCACUUUGCGCUGCGUCUGCUCGGCCCCGGGCCCACCCUGGACCCCCUGCGAAUAGACGGCAGUCCUGUUAGCUCGGUGAGUGUGGCUCCGUUACCCAGCCACGACCCCACCCCGCCUCCGCCUCCACAGCCAGUUAACAAACAGGGCUAACCUCAAACCCAAGAUCCACUUUACUCUGCCGGACCCAAAGCACCCAGAAACAAAGCAGGCCUGCCAACUCGAAGUUCCACUUCUCUAAAACUCUUUUGGGCCCACUCCAGGAAGGCCCCAGCUCACAGAUCUUGGGCACAUCGAUUUCCGCCAGCCUACCUGCUUCCAAACCCGGACGCUGCUGGUCCUUGUUAAGCCUCUUUUGCAUUCCCCCAGCAGAACCUACCUACGGAGCCCAUCUUUCUUGCCCUUUACACCCAGGCCCACAGAUUCUGGUUCUGAUCCCACACCUGGUACCUAGUCUAGAUCAAGACUCAGCCCUAUGAACUCCUGCUCUCCAAGUCAAGCCCUCCUCACCACCUCCUCCUCUUCCUCCUCCUCCUCCUCCAAACCCAGCCAAGAGACCUCAGCCAUCCAACCCGAUGGCCCAAACUCGGGCCCAACUGGAUCUCACCCCUUUCCCAAAACCUGGUCACUACUUUCUCUCUAGAUCCAGGCCACCUCUCCUUGGGGGUACUUUGGGCCUUGGCAGCUGAGCUGGAGGCCUGACAUGAUCCAGGAGCCCUGCCUGUCACACCAAACCUUAACCCAGUUUCUUCCUCUCUCCCUUCCUUUCUAGAUGUCGGUGGACCUGAACUUGAGUGUGGACUAGGUGUGGCCUUAGGCCCUCCUGACUGUGUACUGGGGCUUCAGAAUGGUCAUUAAACUAUUUUGCAAAGAUGAGUUCAGGGUUCACUGUCCCUUCUAUUCAGUCUCCAUUUCUCUGCCUACAGCGGGCUGUAGGCU